AUGGUGACAGUAAGCGAAAACAGCGUCAGCAGUAGCUAUGGUAAUGGAGACUCGGCAGCUGUAGGGACACAGUCCAAGGGACACAAUGCUUUUAGUAAGUCUCAGUCCCCUCUCCAGCGGAGCAGCGACAGCAGGAGGGGUGUGGCACAACCAGCCAAUGAGGCCUCAGAGCUGGAAAAUUUUAGUGUGACCUACAGCAAUCAGAGGAGUUUCAGCCGUCACCCACAUCACAAGCUCUUUUUGGACAUUUUCACCUGUUUGGUUAGAAACAGGCUCAUGUGCAGUGCCUGGAUUGAUCAAGCACCUCCUGAUCACAUCCUAAGAGUGUUGAUCUGUCUGCGACUGUUACUGAGAGAACCACUUUAUCAGAAAGUUUUCCAUCAACUCAAAGGGAUUGAUUGCCUUGCUCAGUAUAUGGGAUCAGUUUCCAGCAGCUAUCUAGAUUGUGAAGAACAAACAUUUGCCAUGGAAAUGCUAGUCAAUAUAACAUAUAUGUUUCAGAAGCUCGCUGUCAUGGAAGAACAAAGGGAAUGGGUUAUUGAAUGUGGAGCCCACAAGACUCUGGUAAAGCUGUUGGCAACACGUGACAGCAGUGUGUUACUGGGGUCUCUCCUGGCACUCACCAGCCUGGCAGAGAGUCCAGAUUAUAAGGAAAAGAUAGGAGAGCUCCCGAUUGUGGAAAAUCUUCUUGUGAUACUGCAAGAGUAUGAUCUACUGUCUAAAAGGAUAGGAGCGGAGCUGCUGAGACUCCUGUGUCCGGGUCGGCAGGUGCGGGAGCAGGUGAAGGUGUAUGAGGGCGUGCCGGUACUCCUCAGCCUGCUCCACUCAGAGCACCUCAAGCUGCUGUGGAGCGUGGUCUGGGUUCUGGUCCAGCUGUGCGAGGAUCCGGACACCAGCGCCGAGAUCCGGGCCUGGGGCGGGGUGCAGCAGCUGCUGCGUAUCCUGCACUCCGAGCGUGUGUAUGUUUCCGAUCGCUCCUCUGUUGAAACGCUGUCCAGCGCCAACGUUGCGGGUCGAAUCCAGAGGCAGCACAUCUCAGAGGAGCUCAGUCCACAGGAAACAGUGGAGAAUACACUUUCACUGCAGGCAGCAUGCUGUGCAGCCCUGACGGAGCUCGUCCUGGAUGACACCACAGCACAUAAUGUGGUCGAGGAGAAUGGAGUAUAUAUAAUAGCAAAACUAAUUGUGCCUCAUGACUCACAAACUGGACCAAAAGCAAAAUCUCUGCAGUGCUAUGCAUUUAGGGCCUUAAGAUUCCUCUUCAGCAGAGAGCGUAACAGACAUCUAUUUAAAAGACUCUUCCCUUCAGAGCUGUUUGCAAUGUUUAUUGACGUUGGACAUUACGUGCGUGACAUCACUGCCUAUGAAGUGCUUCAGGAGAGGGUCUCACUUCUCUCUGAUGAAGAAUUGAGCAGUCUGAAAGAGAGCAUUGAGGCUGCGAACCAGAACAGAUCUCCUCUGAAAGUGAUCAACGGCUAUGCUAUUCUGGACCAUCUGGGCAGCGGGGCUUUCGGUAGCGUGUUCAAGGUCCGAAAGCAAAGUGGGCAGAAUCUGCUAGCUCUGAAAGAAGUGAACCUCCACAACCCAGCCUUUGGCAAAGACAAAAAGGAUCGAGACAGCAGCGUGGAGAAGAUUGUAUCUGAGCUCACCAUCAUCAAAGAACAGAUGACCCAUCCUAAUAUUGUCAAAUACUACAAGACCUUCUUGGAAAAUGACAGGCUGUACAUUGUCAUGGAGCUGAUAGAGGGAGUGCCCCUGGCAGACCACUUCACUUCCUUGAAAGAGAAACAACAGCAGUUCACUGAGGAAAGAGUCUGGAACAUAUUUAUUCAGAUUUGUCUAGCACUGCGCUAUUUGCACAAGGAGAAGAGAAUUGUACACAGAGACCUCACCCCCAACAAUAUCAUGCUGGGAGAGAGAGACAAAGUCACUAUCACGGACUUUGGCCUGGCGAAGCAGAAACAGGAGAACAGCAAGCUAAUGUCUGUGGUUGGCACCAUAUUAUAUUCCUGCCCAGAGAUUGUGAAGAGUGAGCCCUAUGGGGAGAAAGCUGAUGUGUGGGCUGCAGGUUGUAUCCUGCAUCAGAUGGUCACUCUUCACCCACCAUUCUACAGCAGUAACAUGUUGUCCCUUGCUACCAAGAUUGUGGAGGCUGUCUAUGAGCCAGUGGGAGACGGGCUCUUCUCAGAGAGAGUGACAAACAUUAUUAAAUGGUGCCUGACUCCUGAUGCAGACUCACGCCCUGACAUUGUAGAAGUCAGUGCCAGGAUCUCUGACAUAAUGAUGAAGUUCAUGGACAGCCUGUGUGCCUCCCAGCAUGCUCUAGAGAGGAAGCUGGAGCGAGAUAGGAAGCGAGCACAGAAGUACUUCCUUGAAACCAACAAGGACGGGCUCAAUCACUGUCACUCAUCCCUGUCACAGGCAGUUUUCGUGAAGAACCACAGUUUGAGCAGUAGGGGACUGGCCAUUGUGAAGGAUGACUCCAUCAGCACUCCAUCCUACUCCACUCAGCCAGAUACUGUUACUCCAGGGGACCAGACCUCCAGUCAGGGGUCUAUAAAACGCAGUGUCAGUGCUUCCGUAACUGAAGAACCAAACCUUGCUUGUGGAGAUUUUGCUGCUCCAAAACUGAAACCACGGCCAGCAUCAGCAGGAAUCUGCUUGUCUCAGAAGAAGGUCCGUCAAAUUGAUGACCCAGUUCAGACACUCCUGGUUCUGCUGCAUAAAAUAAUCUACAUCAGUCAGCUGCCUCCUGCUCAUCACUACAAUUUCAAACGGCGGGCCAUUGAGAGAUUCAAGAAAUCGCUCUUCCACUACCGGAGUAGUCCUUACAAACUGAAGGUAGAGCUGAAGAAGCUCCUACAGGGUUCACCAGAACUGAUUGAACCAGGGUGCAUCAGCACAGAUUGGUUUUCUCUGGUCCAGUCCUUUGGUGGAAAACCUUUAGGCAAUGAGGACCAAGGUAAUAUAAGCUACAUGAACCUUCAAGAGGGAGUCACAUAUGAACAGAUGCAGACCAUGAUUGAAGAGGUCUUGGAGGAAAACGGGUAUUACAGUACAACACAGCAGUAA